AUGCCGCCAUAUCCAGAUCGUCAACUCAUACCUACAAGCGUCAAGUAUCAUCUCAAAGAUGAAGAGAGCUCGCUCUCUGACAAGCAAGCUUGGGAGGACCCCAAGGCAGCUCAUCACCUUGAGUUGUUGAAGAUGAAGAAGGCGGCCACAGACGAGGCAAAAGAUUCAGAACCUCUGACAGAUUCCAAGGAAGCCCAGCCUGCCACUGUCGUCUCAGGCACCAGAUUAGUGUGGUUUCUGCGACCGCGAGCUGUCAUGCACGCCGCCGAAGUUCGUAAUGCAGCGCAAUAG